GCAAUAGGAGUCACACAGACUCACUUUCCCUAUCCCUCCUCUUUCCUUUCUCAAGCAGGCUUUAGCUUAGCUUUUUGUUGCUCUUUGAAUCACAUAGAUGUCUAUUUGUUUUCCUUUAGUUUCUAAAUUUAAAGGCUUAUAACCUGUUAAGGCAUUUAUUUUAGUUUAUUUUUUCCCCAGAAUUAAACCGAGCAGAUAGCUUCUAGAACGUUACAGAGCAAAGGAAAAGAGCAGGCUUCAAAAAGUAUUUUUUUCCCCUCUCGACUGCCUGCCUAUCCCUUAAAGGGCUAGUGCAACUAAAUGGCAACUUCUAGUUAUCCUUUAAAGUAACACAUUUGACAGGAGCCCUUUCUAUGAAAGGAUUCCCACUCCCCUUUUAGCAUUAGAAGAAUCUUAACAAAAAUAAUACAUUUAUUUGACAAGUAAGUCUAUCCCCUUCCUUAGGAAACUUUCCCUUUUAGAAGUAUUUUUUCUAAGGUAACUUUACGACACUGCCACUGAUACUUUAUCUUGUGUAAAGACUGGUCCAUAAGGACCUCGUUGGCAGUUGAACAAAAGAGCAAAAGAUAACGUUGUUUUUUUUAAGAAACAGUAAAAUAACUUCAGAAUCCUUUGAGAAGGAUCUUUUUUUUUUUAGCACUUUUUCUGUGUGGAUUUUUUUUUUUUUUGGAGCGUUAGCAGUAGUACAAGUACCCUGGAUUCGUGAUGGCUUUCUCAUCACUUUUAUUUGUAGUAGUUGUGGUACAAAUAACCUACAAGACUUCGGCUGAACAAGCUGGAAAUGAAGGAUUCAUUCCCUUAGAUUUAACAGAAACAAAACUAGGAGAGUAUGAGCUAGUAACGCCAAUAAGCACUGAUUCAGAAGGACGGCAUGUUUCCAAUAUUCUUACUAUUAAUCACAAGAAAAGGUCAGCAAGAGACACAUCCCAGAGUUCUCAACUUCUAUAUUUCAAUGUUACUGCCUUUGGAAGACAAUUUCAUCUGAAAUUACGGCAAAACAAUCGUUUAAUAGCUCCAGGAGCAAUUUUAGAGUGGCAGGAUGUUCCAGUGGAAUCAGAAAAUUCAACCCAUACUGGAGAAGAGAACCUUGAUGGAAACUCUACAAAAAGAAGAUGGAAAACAGAACCUUUGAGGACUAACUGUGCUUAUGUAGGAGAGUUGACGGAUGUUCCAGGAGCGUCUGUUGCACUUAGCAACUGUGAUGGUCUGGCUGGAAUGAUACGAACUAAAGAAGACGAAUUCUUCAUUGAACCACUGGAAAGAGGCAAGCACAAUGAAGAAGAAAAAGGAAGAUUGCAUAAAAUAUACAAACGAUCAGCUGCUAAGCAGGUUGUCCCUGAUGACUCAGUGUCGGAUUUUUCAGGCCUCAGUAAUUUAGACCGUAUACACAGCAAUGUUGAAAAGCAAGUAAAUGAAACUUUAAGAAGACGCAGACAUGCUGGGGAAAAUGAUUACAAUAUUGAAGUGCUUCUUGGAGUUGAUGACUCUGUUGUGAGAUUUCAUGGAAAAGAACAUGUUCAAAACUACCUCCUUACAUUGAUGAACAUUGUUAAUGAAAUCUACCAUGAUGAGUCGAUUGGUGUCCAUAUUAAUGUAGUUCUUGUCCGCAUGAUAAUGUUGGGUUACGCAAGGUCUAUCAGUUUGAUUGAACGAGGUAAUCCUUCUAGGAGCUUAGACAAUGUAUGUCGGUGGGCACAUCAACAACAGAGGUCUGACCCCAAUGAUGCUGAACACCAUGAUCAUGCCAUUUUUUUGACCAGACAGGAUUUUGGUCCUGCUGGAAUGCAAGGAUAUGCCCCAGUAACAGGUAUGUGCCACCCUGUAAGAAGUUGCACUUUAAAUCAUGAAGAUGGCUUUUCAUCUGCUUUUGUGGUUGCCCACGAAACAGGCCAUGUACUAGGUAUGGAGCAUGAUGGCCAAGGAAAUAGAUGUGGAGAUGAAACUGCUAUGGGCAGUGUCAUGGCACCAUUAGUACAAGCAGCAUUCCAUCGUUACCAUUGGUCCAGGUGCAGCGGUCAAGAACUUAAGAGAUACAUUCACUCCUAUGAUUGCCUUCUUGAUGACCCUUUUGAGCAUAAAUGGCCUAAACUCCCAGAUCUCCCAGGCAUUAACUAUUCCAUGGAUGAACAAUGUCGAUUUGAUUUUGGUGUGGGCUACAAAAUGUGCACUGCAUUCCGAUCUUUUGACCCUUGCAAACAACUGUGGUGCAGUCAUCCUGACAACCCAUACUUCUGUAAGACCAAGAAAGGGCCUCCUCUUGAUGGAACAGAAUGUGCUGUGGGAAAAUGGUGCUACAAGGGCCACUGUAUGUGGAAGACUACUAACCAAGUUAAACAAGAUGGCAACUGGGGAACAUGGACAAAAUUUGGCACGUGCUCGAGGACAUGUGGUAUAGGUGUACGCUUUCGAACACGCCAGUGCAACAAUCCAAUGCCAGUCAAUGGUGGCCAGGAUUGCCCUGGACUAAAUUUUGAAUACCAGCUUUGUAACACAGAAGAAUGUCCCAAACACUUUGAAGACUUCAGGGCCCAACAGUGUCAGCAACGGAAUUCUCAAUUCGAGUACCAAAAUGCAAAACACCAUUGGCUCCCAUAUGAGCAUCCAGAUGCUAGUAAAAGAUGUUCGCUCUUCUGUCAGUCCAAACAAACUGGAGACGUUGCCUCAAUGAAGCAGCUUGCUAAUGAUGGUACUCGCUGUUCCUACAAAGACCCAUACAGCAUUUGUGUACGUGGAGAAUGUGUUAAAGUUGGCUGUGACAAAGAAAUUGGCUCCAACAAAGUAGAAGAUAAAUGUGGUGUUUGUGGUGGGGACAAUUCCCAUUGCCGUACUGUGAAGGGAACAUUUACAAGGACGCCCAAAAAAACAGGAAAACAGUUAAGCAAGAGAUGUCAAAAAGAAAUCAAGUUGCUGGAAAAUGAUAUCUGGAAAACAAGAGGAGCAUUUACAUUACCUAAGGGAGCACGAAACAUCUCCCUGUCAGAGUCAAGACAUUCUAAAAACACUGUUGGGUACCUAAAGAUGUUUGACAUCCCCCCUGGUGCUAGACAUGUGUUUAUCCAAGAAGACGAGGCUUCCCCUCACAUUCUUGCAAUAAAAAAUCAGGCCACUGGACAUUAUAUCCUAAAUGGAAAAGGUGAAGAACCCAGGUCACGAUCUUUCAUAGACCUUGGAGUGGAAUGGGAGUAUAUUAUUGAAGAUGACAUUGAAACUAUACACACAGAUGGGCCUCUACAUGAUCCGGUGGUAAUACUGGUUAUACCCCAAGAGAAUGACACAAAGUCAAGCUUAACGUACAAAUACAUAAUUCAUGAAGACUCCGUGCCAACCAUAAGUAAUAACAAUGUACUUCAAGAUGAAGCUGACACUUUUGAGUGGGCAUUAAAAAGCUGGUCUCAGUGCUCAAAAGCAUGUGGCGGAGGUUUUCAGUUCACAAAAUAUGGAUGCCGUCGCAAAAAUGAUAACAAAAUGGUUCAUCGUAGCUUCUGUGAAGCUAAUAAAAAACCUAAGCCUAUCCGCCGAAUGUGCAACCUUCAAGAAUGCACACAGCCUCUUUGGAUUGCAGAAGAAUGGGAGCACUGCACAAAAAGCUGUGGGAAUUCAGGUUAUCAAAUUCGAGUAGUGCGGUGCAUUCAGCCCCUCCAUGAUGGUACAAAUCGUUCAGUCCACAGCAAAUACUGUAAUGGAGAUCGUCCUGAAAGCAGGAGGCCUUGUAACAGAACACCAUGUCCGGCUCAGUGGAAAACAGGAGCCUGGUCUGAAUGCUCUGUAUCCUGUGGGGAAGGAAUUGAAGUAAGACAAGUCCUUUGUCGUGCUGGAGAUCAAUGUGAUGGAGAGAAGCCUGAGUCUGUAAGGGAAUGCAAACUUACUCCUUGCAACGGUGAACCAUGUCUUGGCGACAAGUCUAUUUUCUGUCAAAUGGAGGUCCUUGCACGAUAUUGUUCCAUACCAGGAUAUAAUAAGCUAUGCUGUGAAUCCUGUAGUAGACGCAGUACCCAACCACCACCUUUCCUUACUGAAGCUGCUGAAACAGAAGAUGAACUUAUUUUCAAUCCCAGUGAAUAUUCCAGGGCCGUUGAGACUCCUACAGUUGCAGUUCCUGGUAACGAAGAUGCAGACAGGAAAAGUAUUUUGAGCAUUCUCUCUUCAACUGAACGUGAUGACAGCUUUGGAAGUUUCUCUGCACCAGAAAAUAAACCAAAAUCAUCUGAUACAAUCCAGAGAAGAACAAAUCUAGCAGCAAGCAAAACAGUUAGACUUGUUUCUAUCUCUUCUUUAGCUCCAACACAAAACAGCAAUGUCCAUCUAUACAGGCCUCCUGCCAUAGUAAACACACAUCAUAUAGCAGCGGUUAACUUAAACUCUACAGGUACUUCUCCUAUAGUUAGAACCUCACGGAAGAAUGACAAGUCCUCUGACAGAAGACGUUCUUUGCGGUCACCUACAAUAGAAAGAUGAAUCUAAACAUUGAAGAACUAAAUGUUUUGAGGACACCAUCUUUUAUUCUGCUUUUGAGAAGCUCAUCUCUCUGCAAUUGUCAGCUCAUUUCAUCUGUAUAUAACAGGAAAUACAAAAGUGCUGGAUCACUUAGUCACUGGUUUUAUGCUCCAACUAUUCCGUUUAUUUCUGGUUAGCUUGAAUUUGAUGAAGAAAAGCACCAAAGAUUUCCCAAAAGUCAAUGAUUCACCAUUUUAAUUUAAUCAAAUAAGAAAUGUUCCUUGUAUAAGCAGAUACAUAGCAAAUGUUAUGCUUUAGAGAAUACUUGUUGAAACAUAAAAGUUUCAAACAUCAAUCGACUUCCUGCGU